GAAAAACUAUCAUUUCUGGUGCAAAGUAAUGUGAAGGAGUGUACACAGUUUUCCAUCCGCCAUCCGUCCGUCGUGCACUCGCAAUGGAAGGUUCCGGCGACAUGUUGGCGAUCUAUAAUUUCAACGAAAAUGAAAUGCUUGACGGCAGCAGUGCAUUAGAAUUUCCCGAUCUAGAUUUUGUUUACGCAGAUGCGGACAGCCACACCAACGAGAUCGCCGAACUGUACAGCUACACCGAGCAGGCGGAGUUUCAGCACAAUGUUAAGGCAUUUGAAGAUCAGAUGGAGCUGUACAAGCUGCCACCCUGCUGGCAGAAGCUAACGGAUGCCGAUCAGAACGGGAUCGUACUUAAGCUACUCGAUCAGCUCGAUAUGUGCAAAAAGAAUAUGCGCAUGAAAGCGGCCCGUUGCAUCCUGUACCUGGCGCAGGGCUGUUGGGCCGAGGUACAGUCCGACCAGGAGCAACAGGCAUGGGCACGCAAAAACGUGAUGCUGCUGUACCGGUCCGGUGUGUUUGGUGCGUUCGUUGAGCUGCUGAACCUGGAAAUUGACAACUCAUCCACGGCUAACAUUGCGAUGCGUAAGAUUGCCGUCUCGCUUGCCGAUUCGGUCGAUUUGCGUGUCAUCCUGUCCGUACUGUACAUCAUCACCGAGGUGAUGCGGUCGGAGAAGGAAAGCAAAAGCCAAGAGUACGCCCGGAUGGUGUCAACGUUCGUCACCGAAAUCACGUACCCUAUCGGAGACGAGCUACUGUCCGUGAAGCUACUCGGGAUGGUCACCCAGUUCUGCACCGGUAUGGCACCGCAUUUUCCAAUGAAAAAAGUAUUACUCUUACUGUGGAAAAUAUCUCUCGUGUCACUCGGAGGCAUGGAUACGCUAAAGGAACUUAAAGAUAAGUACCGUAUCGCGGCAGGCCUCUCGCAGAACCGCGAAGACACGCUCGAGAUAUCGAAAGUGAUGCGAGCCAGUUCGCCACCGAUCACUGCAGUGGCGAUCGAAGAGAGGCAAGACAAGCGCGGCAGGCCAUCCCGAAGAAGCCUGAUCAAACAAAGUUCACUGGACGAACAGGAACAGCUCGGGCUGGAGAUGGAAACGUCCAACACGGAGAACGAGGUAGAUCUUACCGAUUUCUGGGGGAAGUACGAAGAUCCGAUCAACGGUGCCUCGGCGGACGGCGCGGCGUCAGGGGGCGCAGGGGCGGCCACGGCGCCCGAAGACGGCGGCACCACGGUGGACGGUGAGCAGAAAGGCGAUGGUGAACAGUCUCCACCCCAGCCGGCAAUCGCACCCGCCGAGGAGGAACCACCGCAGGAAGUCUCGAACCGGUUGCCGUGGGCCCCGAAGAUCCGGCGUAAAGAUAUCGACAUUUUUCUCAACAACUCACGCAUCAAGUUCAUCGGCUACUCGCUCAAGGAUGACCACGAGACACUGGCCGGGUUGCCGCAACCGAUACAGGAAGGAUUUAAGACACUGAAAAAGCACAUGUACGUGAGCCUGGCGGACGUGCAGAUUCGGCAGGAGGAAGACAUCAACCGCAAUCCGAUGUCCACGUCGGAGGGGGAAAUUACGCUAACGCCGACCGAAAUCCUCUACCAGGCGAUGCUACCGAAUCUGUCGCAGUACAUGAUUUCGCUACUUAAGAUCCUGCUGGCGGCCGCCCCGACGUCGAAGGCGAAGACCGAAAGCAUCAACAUCAUGGCGGACGUGCUGCCGGAAGACAUGCCCAUGACCGUGACGCAGUCGACCAAGCUGGGCAUCGAUGUGAGCCGCCACAAGGAGAUCACCGUCAAAGCGGUGUCCGCCAUUCUGUUGCUGUAUUUGAAGCACUUCAAAAUCAACCACAUCUACCAGUUCGAGUUCAUGUCGCAGCACCUGGUGUUUGCCAACUGCAUCCCGCUGGUGCUCAAGUUCUUCAACCAGGACAUCAUGGGCUACGUCGGCUCGAAGAACGUCAUCCCGAUCAUGGACUUUCCGGCGUGCGUGAUCGGCGAGCAGCCCGAGCUGACGUCGGAAACGAUGAUCAUCGGCGACUCGGCCCCGUACUCGUGGCGCAACGUGUUCUCCUGCAUCAACCUGCUGCGCAUUCUCAACAAGCUGACCAAGUGGAAGCACUCGCGCAUCAUGAUGCUGGUCGUGUUCAAGUCGGCCCCGAUACUGAAGCGCACGCUCAAGGUGCGCCACGCGCUCAUGCAGCUGUACGUGCUGAAGCUGCUGAAGAUGCAAACCAAGUACCUGGGCCGCCAGUGGCGCAAAUCGAACAUGAAAACGAUCAGCGCCAUCUACGCGAAGGUACGGCACCGGCUGAACGACGACUGGGCGUUCGGGAACGAUCUGGAUGCGCGCCCGUGGGACUUUCAGGCGGAAGAGUGCGCCCUCAAGAGUGGCGUCGAUCGGUUCAACAACCGGCGCUACCUGCAGGCACACAACGGCAUCCUGGCCGGGAUCGAGGGUCUCGACUAUGACGAUCCGAUCGACGGCAUCGGCAGCAUCGGUACGGCCGGUGGGCCUGGUGGGGCCAUCGGUGCCGGUGGAGACGGUGGGCUGAAUGGUGCCGGCGGUGGUGGCGUUGGUGGUGGCGGUGCCGGACUCUCUACAAACGGUGGACUCCCUGGUGGAGGACUCGGUGGCAUGGGCGGCGAGCGUGGCAACGCCUGUUACGGUGGGCUGGCCCGGAAGGCGGAGGAAAUUGAGCUGAGCGAAGAGUUUAAGCAAAACUAUGAACUCUGGCUACAGCAGGAAGUGUACAACAACAACAUCGACUGGGACGCGCUGCUCACGGUGGAGGAAUUUUAAAGAGCGAGAGAGAGAGCCGGUGCCGGUGCCGGUCCCGAGUGAACGUAAGCGUGUGUGGAACACCAUAGGCCACAAUAAAGAAUGCAUCCUGU